GAAGAAAAGAAAAAAGAAGAAGACAGGUUAAUUGAAGAGCGUAGAAAAAGAAGACAAGCUAUUCUCAGUCGAUAUAAAGCAACACCCACAACUCCUAUAGAAAUUGAAAAGAAAGCUUCUAUAGAACCUCAGAAUUAUACUUUACCUCCUUCUCAGCAAGAGCCAUUACCACAGGAGAAAGCAGUAAGCUCACAACAAUCGCAAACAGAUGGCGAUGGAGAUACUGAUAUGUUUGAGUUGAAUGGAAAUGACACGGCUAUGACAGAGCGUUCUGAAGGAGACGAAGAAGAACAAGUUUCAGCAGCGGAUUAUGAUCCCUCGAUGGACCGCGCAAAAACACUCCAUCAUUCAAUGUCAGAAAAGGAACUGUUAAAGAAAAAAGAUGAUCAAGAACCAACGGGUGUCGAUAGUCAAGCAGAUAUGCUGGCUGCAGAUUAUACAGAAAAGUUGGAUGAGAGACAAGCCAAGACAUCUUCCACAAAACCCGCGACAGCAACAGCAGAAUUUGACAUGUUUUCUGAUAAUUUAGAUAUGUUUAGUGAUGCAGCUACUGCAGCAGGCGUAGAUCAGAAAUCUCUUUUGGAUAACGUUUCCAAUGCGGCAGCAGCAGCAGCAGCACCACAGAAUCUCAACCUAAUGGAUAAUUGGGAUGACCCUGAGGGAUAUUAUAGUGCUCGCAUAGGCGAAGUUCUCGAUAACCGAUAUCAAAUUUUAGCCAAUCUGGGUCGUGGUGUAUUUAGUUCUGUAGUAAAAGCAAAGGAUCAAAAGACGAAUGAAGAAGUAGCUAUCAAAAUGAUCAGAAACAAUGAAACCAUGUAUAAAGCGGGUCAAAAAGAAUUGGCUUUUCUCAAAAAGCUGAUGGAAGCGGAUCCAGAGAACAAAAAGCACGUGAUUCGUUUACACAGACAUUUUGAGUAUCGAAAUCACUUGUGCUUAGUUUUUGAAACAUUAAGUAUGAAUUUACGAGAUGUGCUCAAAAAAUAUGGCAAAGACGUAGGUAUUAGUAUCAAGGCGGUCCGUAUCUACGCUCAGCAACUCUUUUUGAGUUUAUCCUUGCUGAAGAAAUGCCAAAUAUUACACGCCGAUAUCAAGCCAGACAAUAUCCUUGUGUCAGAAUCAAGGAAUACUCUCAAACUGUGCGAUCUUGGCUCUGCUUCCGAUGCGAGUGACAAUGCCAUUACACCGUAUCUUGUUUCCAGAUUUUAUCGUGCCCCCGAAAUUAUGUUGGGUCUCGCUUACGACCAUGCGAUCGAUGUUUGGUCGGCUGCUUGUACCCUAUACGAACUGUAUACCGGAAAGAUCUUAUUCCCAGGAAGGAGCAAUAACCAAAUGUUGAAACAUAUUAUGGAACUGAAAGGACGUUUUCCCAACAAACUGCUUCGUAAAGCGCAGUUCGCCACGGAGCAUUUUGAUGAAGCCUACAAUUUCUUGAGUGUCGAAGUGGACCGCGUGACAAAGAAUGAAGUGGUGAAAAAGAUGACCAUCAUCAAACCUACCAAAGAUGUGAAAUCGCGUAUUCUGUCAGCCACCACACCUGGUAUGUCGGAUGAGGAAAACCGCCUGGUCAUGGCGUUCAUUGAUCUGCUGGAUAAAUGUUUAGCACUUAGUCCUGAGAAGCGUUUAACGCCUCAUGAAGCACUCUAUCACCCAUUUAUUACUGGUAAAAUCUAA